AUGUCACGGCCUCGCAUCUCAGCAAGAUCGCGGUCCGGCGAUCAUGAUGAGUGGUUGGGUAUGUCUCGUUCCUCGCGGCCCGACGGUUGGCGAACUCCGACAAUCGAAGAUCCAGAUCAUCCUGUGAACCGACAGAAGGAUUCGGGCGAUACGCUUCUCAGUUCCGGCAGCUCGACAGGUCGGCGCAAAGACACAGAGUUAGGGGCGGCACCUCAGUCUAACAUGAUACAGCCCGUGCCCUUGCCUCCGCUAACGGAGAAUGAAAAACCCAAGACUCUUCCUUUGAAGAAGAGGUUGAAACAUGUCACCUGGGCGUGGUUUACCAUCACCAUGGCCACUGGAGGAAUUGCGAAUGCCCUAUACUCAGUACCCUAUCGGUUUCCUGGGCUGCGUGUGAUUGGAGUCAUCUUCUUCUUGUUGAAUAUUGUUCUCUACAUUGGCAUCUGGGCAAUGAUGAUCACCCGUUUUUACUUAUAUCCUUACACAUUUCGGGCCAGCCUCACACAUCCGACCGAAUCGCUGUUUGUCCCCGCCUUUGCCGUCUCAUUUGGGACGAUCCUGAUUAACAUUGUGGAGUACGGAUUCAAUCGCACGGGUCCCUGGCUCAACCAUGCCGUUGUAAUAUUAUAUUGGUUCGAUGCCGCAAUCGCUUUCGUGCUGAGCAUUGGGAUAUACUUGACCUUGUGGUCCUCCCAAUCCUUCACCAUCUCACGAAUGACACCAAUUUGGAUAUUUCCGGCCUAUCCUUUGUUGAUCAUAGGGCCCCACGCUGCCUAUAUAUCCGCCCAGCUGCAGGAUCCUAGACAGGCGAUUCAAAUAAUAAUCGGAGGUUUCACCGUCCAGGGGAUUGGCUUCUUGGUCUCGCUGACCAUUUAUUCGGCAUUCGUGUACCGACUGAUGACGCAGAAGUUGCCAGCGGAAUCCUUACGACCUGGGAUGUUUGUUUCGGUUGGGCCGUCGGCCUUUACAGUGAGCGGCGUGCUUGGUAUGGCAACCAGCCUUCAGGAUGCAAUAGCAAAAACACCCGAGUCCACUUUUAUGGAAGUCCCUGGCCUUCUUGCCGCUCAGAUCCUACGGCUCAUUGCCAGUUGGAUGUCACUCUGGCUAUGGGGUUUGGCCUGGUGGUUCUUCUUUGUCAGCCUGCUUUCGAACGCUGAUUGCCUCAGAGCGAAACACCGCACCCAGUUCGCAAUGACGUGGUACAGCUUUAUCUUCCCACAGACGGCGCUCACGACCGCGACUUUCUCCAUCGCCAAUGCAUUCGAAGUCACAGCCAUCAACAUAAUUGGCUGUGUCAUGGUCUGUUUGCUCAUCAUCGUCUGGUUUGUCGUUGUCGGGUGUAUGCUCAAGGCCAUUUACAAGCGACAGAUCUUGUGGCCGGAGAAAGGAGAGGAUAAGACCGAGGGUGGGUUCAAGGCGAGACAAGAGGAGGGGAGCCUGCUACCAACCAUGGCCCCUGAUCAAGCCGAGAAAGAGGGUGGCCCAGGUCGGUAG